UACCUCUCACCACGCAACUUGGACUGCUGCGCUCGCUUGGGUCUGGGCGGCCACAUCCAGCUCGCCGACGGCGCUCCCACCUACAACGACGCCAUCGUGGCCCUUACGUCAGGGAUCAACGAGUGCGAGCGGCUGGCUGCCAAGGACGCUGCCGCCCGCUGGCGCGCCAAGUUCGCUGAGUGGUCAACGUCGCUCUGGACCACCACCACGCCCAUGUUCAGGGACACUCCACCAGCAGCGUGCCAAGACGUCGGCACUUUCAGGCAAACGUGGCAGCAGCAGUGGGGCCCACCCAACCACGACGCCGACGGCCACCUCCAGCGCUGGCGCUCCUGGGCGGCAAACAUCGCUUUCCCACGCUCCGGCCAGGCAACCGACUGGCUGCCCAACUACCACGUCUUCGACAACGCGGUCCAACGCUCCAAGGGUGCGGCUGGCUUCGACGGCUGGGCGGGCGCGGAGCUCCGUCUCGUCGCCAGGCUGGCCCCGGAGAUCAUGCGCGAGCUCUGCAACUUGCGGUGCAACACCACCCGCGAGAUAGCCACCGACGGCAUCAACGAUACCGCGGCCAUGCAGCUGUUCAGUUGGAAGAUCGCGGGCAUUCCGAAGAAUGAGGACGACUCGAGGCCCAUCGCCGUGGGCUCCUGCAUCCUGCGCCUUUGGCCGUCCGCCCUCGCAGGGGCAGCCCCCGAGCCGCCGACCCACCAGUGGUCGCGCCGACGUGCCACCAGCGCCACCCACGCCAUCUCGUCGCGGCUCCACUCCUGCACUCUCAGCGGGGCGGGCUCGGAACACGACUUGUCCAAGGCGCGCGACAACAUCGACUUCGCCAUCGCGGAGGACGCUUUCGAGCGGCAGGGCAUGCCGCCACACAACACUCGACUGUGCAUGGCGGCGUGGCGCGCCCCACGGUUCUGCACGAUGGGAGGCAAGCUCAGCCGGCCGAUCUGGCCGAAGCGCGGGCUCCCCCAGGGCGACAGCCUCGCCCCGAAUGCUAUGGUCGGCGCCCUUGCGCCGUGGGCGCCCGACUCCGGCCUGGCGUGCAUGGGCGACCGGGGCCUGACGGCCACCGACGCGGUUGCCCUCGCGGCUGACGUCGCCAUGACCACGAGUUUCGACAACGACGUCGGCUUCACGGAGAACGCCAGCAAACGGCAGACCUGGAGCGUCGGCGACGACCCGCCCAAGCGCUCCGAGCACCUCGGCCUCGCGGCCGGCUGGGCAAAGAUCGAGAACGGCAUCGGUAUUCUGCACGGCCUCCCGGGCAGUUUCGCGGUGCGCAUCGUUCUUGCCAUCGCUUACAUCCGGCCACGCUGGACCUGGGCGGCGCCGCUGCUGACCCCUGUCCCGGCGGACAACACCAAGCGCUUGUUCCGGGCCUUGCUCAAUGCACGCUGCACUUGGUGGUGCCGCGGCCGUUUCUGGGCCCUUCACACCAAUAUGCACCCGCAGUACUCGCAGGCUCUCCAGCGCCUCCUCGCCGUCUCCCACUCCAAGCUGGUCUGGGGCGACUUCGUUCAGAACGCCAUCACGGCGCACGCCGCGUCCUUGGGCCUGACGUUCAUCACGCACAGCGACGACGCCCGCGGCGCGCAGCUCGAGGCGCCCCCCACCGACGACCGCCGCGUCCUGCAG